UCUCUCUCUCUCUCUCUCUCUCUCUCUCUCUCUCAAAGUACAAAAAUUAUUAAUAAGACUUUUACAUGUACCUACUCAUAAAACAGAGACAAAACUUACCCUAAACAGAAUUGUAGCGCAGGAGGUGGAGGAAGAAGAGGAAUACCAAGACACACACACAGAUAUAUAUAUAUAUAUAUACAUAUAUAUCUUUAUUUUUUCUCUUUCUCUUUCUAUUACAUAUAUAGUCACGGUUUUGGUUAAAAAAAGGUUUUGGUUAAAAAAACUCUGAAAAUUUAUACAUAUAUAUAUAUAUAUAUAUAUAUAACAGUUAUAAUAUAGAUAAUAUAUUUAAUGGGGAGAGGUAAGGUGGAGCUGAAGAGGAUUGAGAACAAGAUAAAUCGACAAGUAACUUUUGCGAAAAGAAGGAAUGGGUUGCUAAAGAAGGCCUAUGAGCUCUCAGUUCUAUGUGAAUCUGAGGUUGCUCUUAUCAUCUUCUCCAACCGUGGCAAGCUCUAUGAGUUCUGCAGCGGUCAUAGCAUGGCCAAGACCCUUGAAAGGUAUGAUAGAUGCAGCUAUGGAGCCCUUGAAGUGAAACAGCCUGCAAAAGAUACCCAGAGCAACUACCAGGAAUAUUUGAAGCUAAAAGCAAAAGUCGAGCUCCUGCAAAGUACACAGAGAAACCUUCUUGGAGAGGAUAUUGAGCAUAUGGGAACAAAGGAUCUUGAACAGCUUGAGCAUCAAAUGGAUGCUUCAUUGAGGCAAAUUAGAUCAACAAAGACACAAUUAAUGCUUGAUCAACUUGCUGAUCUCCAAAAAAAGGAAGAAAUGCUGCUGGAAACAAACAACUCCUUGAGAAGGAAGCUGGAGGAAAGUAGUGCAGCUGUUCAACCAUCAUGGGAAGCCUGCAGGGAGCAAAGUCUAACAUACCACCCAGCUCAAACAGAUCAGGGAUUCAUUGAGCCUUUACAAUGCAAUAAUACAUUGCAAAUGAGCUACAGUUCGGCGGUUACCGACGAGGUUCAUGGAGCAACAUCAUCUGCAGCAGCACAAAAAUUUAAUGGGUUCUUCCCUGGGUGGAUGCUUUGAUUUUUGAAUUAUAAUUUCACUAUAAACUUAUUUCAUCUUCUUUGUUAUUGUUGUCCGGAAAAUACAACACAAUAAGCAGCUGCUACACUUCGUGUCUGGUGGCCCAAAUUAAACUUUUAAGAAAUUUGACUACUAGUAGUAGUACUGGUCGAGAAAGUGAUAUAUCUAUUCCCCAGCACCUAUAAAACCCACAAGCCUAGCUAGCUAGCUACAAUAAUUUGUGUAAUAUUAUUGAAUCUUCUAUAUAUAUAUAUAUAUAUAUAUAUAUAUUUAUAUAUACAGACACAUAUUAUCUAAUAAACUUAUAAAUAUGAUUUUACUUUAAAAUGCGUACAUGUGAGAUAGCAUGAAAUCUGCAGAAAUAUAUUAUUCAAAAAUAUAUAAAUUACGAGAUAUGUUCCUGAGAUUAUAUGUAAUUUUACAUGUAUGUAUUUUAUAGGGUGCGCGUGCGUACGUUCUAUGACAAAAGUGCUUAUAUGUAAUUUGCAUUGUUGUUCCUACAGUUUAUGUAAUUUUAGUAUAUUAAUAAAUCAAUUAAUUGCUUUA